AUGGAAGUCACUGUGGUAGGCCUGCAAAACGCUGGGAAAACUUCGCUCUUGCGUGUCCUGUCGGGAGGAGAGUUCACAGUCGACUCGAUACCGACAGUUGGAUUCAACCUGAAAAAGGUUCAGCACGGCCAUGUGCUAUUGAAAUGCUGGGACCUGGGCGGCCAGCCGCGAUUUCGAUCCAUGUGGGAGAGGUAUUGCCGUGGCGUCAACGCCAUUGUCUUCAUCGUCGAUAUUGCCGACCUGCCACAGAUUCCCGAUGCCAAGGAGCAGCUGCACUCAUUGAUGGGAUAUAAUUCCCUUGGAGGGAUCCCGUUGCUGGUACUUGGUAAUAAAUCAGAUCUCCCAGAUAAAAUGUCGGUCGAUGAUCUGAUCGAUGCUCUUGAACUCGGAACGAUACAAGGGCGCGAGGUCUGCUGCUAUGGCAUCAGUGCCAAGGAAGAGACGAACCUCGAUGCUGUGGUUCAAUUUCUCGUCAAAUGGGCAGGGCGGUAG